AUGGGUCCUCCGCCUCCAGCAAGCACCACCUCGCGUCCAAGAUCCAACCUAUCCUCAAUCAUCAGAUCUAUAAUCAACAUCAUCAAAGCACUCAUCGUAAAAGCCUACACGGCUCUCCAUGCAUCCCUCGAUGCAGUCCUCCCACCUCCAAAACGAGCAGAGAUAAAAUCCCAGCUCGCAUCUUUCGCCAGGGAGCGGCCUAUCCUUGCCUCCUUCUUAGCCUCCCAGGCCAUCUUCUGCGGAGUCCCACUCAUCCUGUUCGUGGUACAGAUUGUCAGCGUGCUGAUAUUCUCGCUUUCUACCGCGUUGGUGCUCGCGUCGCUUUGCGCGCUUACGUUUACGGCUGUGUGCACUGGUCUGGCGCUACUUGUGCUUGUGCCGGUGCUUGCUGUUACGGCCUUCGUGGGUGUGUCGGUUUGGUUCUGGGGAUGGGUUUGCUGGUGGGCUUUGGUGUCAUUUGGUAUUGUGCAGAUGGAGCCUUCGUCUGGGAGAGUGAAGAGCGAAGGGGCUACUCCUGUUGGGAACCAGGGGCAGACGAGGGUUGAUGGGUUCAAUGGAGUCAAGAACCAGAGAGAUGGGAUGCCGAUUGCGAUACCUACCUAG